AUGGGUAAAAGAGAAUUAGAGGAUCGUACUGAGGAAAAGAAAUUAAAGAAGGAAAGAAAGGAGAAGAAGCACGGAAAGUCCAAGGACAAGAAGGAAAAGAAGGAAAAGAAGGACAAGAAGGAAAAGAAGGACAAGAAGGAAAAGAAGGAUAAGAAAGAAAAGAAAGAAAAGAAAGAAAAAGCUGAAAUUAAAUCAGAAUCUUCUGUUAUAGGACCUAAACCUUCAGAAAGUCAAAUAAAAGAUUUCAUAGAAACUAACCAAGUCCAUAUUGAAGAUGGUCAUGAUUUAUCACCAAUUUUAUCAUUCAAUCAAAUUGACUUACAUUCAACAUUAUCAAAAUUAAAAGAAUUUGAAAAACCAACACCAAUUCAAUCAGUCAGUUGGCCAUAUUUAAUUAAUGGUAAUGAUGUUAUUGGUGUUGCAGAAACUGGUUCAGGUAAAACCUUAGCUUUUGGAGUUCCAGGUUUGAAUGCAUUAUCCAAGAAUCCAACUAAAGAUUUAAAAAUCUUAUGUGUUUCACCAACUAGAGAAUUGGCCAUGCAAAUUUAUGAUAAUUUAAUCAAAUAUUCUUCCAAUAUUAAAAUAACUUGUGUUUAUGGUGGUGUUUCUAAACAAGAUCAAAUCGAUAAAUUACCUGGUAGUAAUAUUAUAAUUGCAACUCCUGGUAGAUUAUUAGAUUUAAUUAAUGAUGGAUAUAUUGAUUUAUCAAAUGUCAAUUACCUUGUUUUAGAUGAAGCUGAUAGAAUGUUAGAUCAAGGAUUUGAAAAAGAUAUUGAAGCUAUUAUUACACAAAUUCCAACUUCAAGACAAACUUUAAUGUUUACUGCUACUUGGCCAGUUGAAGUUCAAAAAUUAGCAUCCAAAUUCUUGAAAAAACCUGUUAAGAUUACUUUAGGAAAUGUUUCAAAUGAAUUAAAUGCUAACAAAAGAAUUAAACAAAUUGUUGAAGUUAUAAAUCCUUUCGAUAAAGAAAAGAAAUUACUCCAAUUAUUAAGAAAUUAUGUUGGUCAACAUGAUAAGAUUUUAAUUUUCGCUUUAUAUAAGAAGGAAGCUAGUAGAAUUGAAAGUUUAUUACAAAGAAAUAGAUUCUCAAUUUCAGCUAUUCAUGGGGAUUUAAAUCAAUCACAAAGAUCCAAAGCUUUAAAUGAUUUCAAAGCUGGUCAUAGUCAAAUCUUAUUAGCUACUGAUGUCGCAGCAAGAGGUUUAGAUAUUCCUGAUGUUACCUUAGUUAUCAAUUUAACUUUCCCAUUAACUAUUGAAGAUUAUGUUCAUAGAAUUGGUAGAACUGGUAGAGCUGGUAAAACAGGUUUAGCUCAUACUUUAUUCACUGAACAUGAAAAACAUUUAAGUGGUGCUUUAGGAAAUAUCUUAAGAGGUGCUGAUCAAGAAGUUCCUGAAGAAUUAUUGAAAUUUGGUGGUCACACCAAAAAGAAAGCUCACAGUGCUUAUGGAGCUUUCUUCAAAGAUGUUGAUAUGACCAAAACUGCUAAAAAGAUCAAAUUCGAUUAA